AUGAGAUUAUAUGCGGACUUAAGUUGGCUUAAGUGGUGCUUUAGUGUCCCUAUAUUUCACAUCUGGGCCCUCACAUGGCUUAACAUGCAAUUCAGUGCAAUUCUCGUACUCUAUCCGGCCAUCAGAGUAUGGCUUUGGGUCAAAAACCAUAACUUUCUCGGUUCACGAGUGCAGAAUAUAGCCCUAACACUGAUAUCGAUCGCUUACCAAUCAUUUCUAUUCGCAUAUAUUUAUAAGUUCGUUAAUUACACGGAAAUAUCACCGGUUUGUCGGUUUGCGAUACUCAUGGAACAGUUCGUUAAUUACACGGAAAUAUCACCGGUUUGUCGGUUUGCGAUACUCAUGGAACAGGAUAGUAAUACUGUGUGCGAAAAACCAGUCCGAAUGUCAAUGAAAUCGCAUUCAUUUAUAGAGGAAAACAGAUACCGAAAUGUCGAAGUGUCCAAAGAUAAGACGAGACGAGAUGCGCCCACAAUAUCACAAUUCAUGUAUUUUCUAAUCGCACCGACACUACUCUAUAGAGACAAUUAUGUUAGAACGAACAAGGUGCGAUGGAAACUAGUGGUCUGGUAUUUCCUUCAGGUGCUAUUCAUCAUGUUCUGCAUGUUUGCCAUCAGUUGGCGAUUCGUUGAGCACAACUUCAAGUGGACGGGCGUUAAGCCGUUCACAAUCCGA